UUAGUCGGAGCGCGGGGGCCGGCCGUGAGGAGCGCUGGAGCUGCCGGUAGGGAACAUGUCGGAGUCCGAGCCGGGCAGAAAGUGGGACCGGUGUAUGGCCGACGCGUUAGUGAAGCUAGGUACUGGUUUUGGAUUAGGAAUGGUUUUCUCCCUCACCUUCUUUAAGAGAAGAAAGUGGCCAUUAGCCUUUGGUUCUGGCGUGGGACUGGGGAUGGCCUACUCCAACUGUCAGCAUGACUUUCAGGCUCCAUAUCUUCUACAUGGAAAAUAUGUCAAAGAGCAGUGACUUAUGCUGAGAACAUCCCAGCGGGAGAAAAGAGAAGCCUCAUUUAUUCCUCAGGAAUACUGAAGUGCCCUGGAGUGCGCUGACGUCCUGUGACAGUGCCAUCAGCAACGCUUUCAACUCCAGCCACUGUUUAUGUGUUUGAAACCAAGUCUGUUGCUUUUGUAUCAUCUCUUUGGAAAUUGUAAGGAGGUCUUAAAUAAAUGAGAAACAGGAAGCCCGA